AUGGUGUUCACCGGCGGGCGAAGAGGCGGUAAUUCUGCGAAACGGAGAAAAGUCGAUGACAUGUCAUCGUCACAGCCAACGGCCGCGGUGGACGUCUAUUUCAUUACUGGAGAAAACUUACGCAGACAAGAUUUCCAGCCGUUCGUCACUUCGACUGGCUCGGGUGGCUCAGACAGCUCCGCCACCGCUGCUCAACCUGCAGGCCCCACGUCGGACUCUGGAUCGUCCGGCUCGUCUUCCCAGGACUCCCCUACAGCAUCUGCUUCCGAUUCGAGCUCGAGCGCUGCAAGUGAUAGUUCCUCCGCAUCAUCAGAUACAACCACUCCUCCACCAUCUUCAUCUCCGACGUCCAGCAGCACCAGCCCAAGCUCGACCCCGCCUACACAGUCAUCUACACCCUCAUCAACACCUUCGGCCACACCUUCUUCAACACGGUCCGUCACGUCGUCUGGUACAUCUUCGAGUGCAUCCACGUCUUCAAAUAUACCGUCGCCCUCCUCAAAUUCUUCAUCCGCCACGCCGACCUCCACGCCGACCUCCACACCGUCUUCUAACUCUCAGACGUCUUCCAGUUCAAUAUCCACACCACCCCCCACGAGCAGCACAAGUAGCAAUGGCACUGAGGUGUGGGUUACGUCGAAGAUUGUUAUCUCGUCAAACGGAGUCCCAAUCAGUACCGUUUACACGACCUUCCCUUCUACCUUAGCUGACUCUUCGUCCGGAAUGUCGACUGCGACAAGGCGCGGCGUAAUUAUUGGAAGCGUCGUCGGCGGAGUGGCUUUUAUUGGCCUGAUAUUUGCUGUGGUGUUCUUCUACCGGCGACACCAACACAAGAAACUAAACUUCUUCAGGAGGGAGCCGCGCCCGCGUCGCAGCAUGUUGCUCGAGGGCGAGGACAUGGACGAUUACGACCUCGGCCCGCGCAUGCAGUCGUACCAAGACUAUCCCAGCUCGAUGGAUCCGCGCACACAGUCGUACUCUCAUGCACCAUCGCCAUUGCCGGAAACGGUCAUGGUCGCGCGCAACACGCCUUCCCCGCACCUACUCGGCCUGCGCGCCUCCGACUCCGGCUCGAUCUUCCAGGAGGCGGUGUGGCCUCCGCCGAAGACUCUCGUCGACCCACUCAUAUCCGAGUCCGACGAUCUGCACCGCAUCAUCGACGACGUUAUGGGUCCCAGCAACGCCUCACCAUUCGGUGCGGGCGCAAGCGUGAGGACAGCAGCGAGCGCGAGCGCGAGCACGCUUCCGCGCACGCACGCUCGCGCAAUGCAUAGCGUGUCAUCGGACGACUCCCCCAGCGGCCAUGGGCGCUCUACCUCGCAGACUGCGCUGCUUCCGCCUGACUCACCAGGGUCGCCGACGUUCCCCCGCUCUGCUCCGCUCUUUGUCACGAACAUGGGGUCGCCGACUUCGACUGGGUCGCCCCCGCUCCCUGGCCGCACCACCCGCUGGCUGGAGCGCUCGCCGAAGAAGGUGAGCAGGGAGGUCAGGGAGGAGGACGAAGGCGAGUUUGUUAUGGGGGAGGCGCUUUAA